AAGAAGAACUUCACCAGUCAUAUGAUCGAUUCGUGAUUAGUUUCACCUAAACUGCUCCAAAUUGUAUUUAAUCUUGUCUUUAAUUUGAGUUUAAAAUGGCCAGCCAGACCCAAGGUAUCCAGCAGCUCCUGGCUGCCGAGAAGAAGGCCGCAGAUAAAGUCACCGAGGCCAGGAAACGCAAAGCACGUCGGUUGAAGCAGGCCAAGGAAGAAGCUCAAGAUGAGAUUGAAAAGUACAGACAGGAACGUGAGAAACAAUUCAAAGAAUUCGAAGCCAAGCACAUGGGCUCUAAAGAAGGCGUAGCAGCGCGCAUUGAUGCCGAUACAAAGUUAAAAAUAGAGGAAAUGAACAGCCAGUUGUUGACUCACAAGGACCCUGUCAUACAGAAAAUUUUGGAGCUGGUAUACGACAUCAAGCCCGAGUUGCACCCUAACUAUCGCUCUGAUGUCUAAGCUUCGAGCGCAAAAAAAAAAACAUACUAACAAAACCUAUAAUAAUAAUUAUUAAAAAAUAAUCUAUCAAUAUUAUGUAAGUGUAAAUGUCUCCUGUAUCUUUCGAAAAGUAUAUCGUCGUUAAAAUGUAUUUGGAAACAAAUUAAUAUAUAUAAAUAUAUAUAUACAUAUAUUAUAAUAACAAUUAUACACUAACGUAGAUGUAGACCGUGAUACUCAAACUUUUAGAGAAUUUAUCGAGUCUUUAUGACAAUAAUUAUAAAGGUAUCCAGUUAAUCACAAUUGUUUGCACAGCUUAAAUAUUUAAUCGUAAUUAACAGUUUGAGAAUUACUGCAGCACCAUUAAGUAACCAUGUGUAAUUAUGAUAAUUAUUGUUAACGAAAAAUGUGACGCUGAUUCACCGAGGCCUGGGUGAACCCGCGAGCGCAGACUAAAUAAUAUCAUAAUAAUUAUAAAUAUGUUUUAAAAAGGUGGUGGCUACUAAACUCAUAUGGUAGAUAAUUGUUGCUAGGCUUCAUUCCAUGAUGUUUUAUUAUUUUUUAUUUCUGUAACAUCGAGGACUGUUAUCAUUAUAUUUAUUUAGUACGAUCUCUUGAGAGUUUCUUGUGUCAGCUCCAAAUUAUCAUGAGACUCUCACGACAUUAUACUGAUUAAUAAUAAUAAAUUAAAUUUAUUUACGCUUGUAUUUUAUUUUUCUUCAAACAAUAAUAAAAUUAGCGCCAAUUA